CGCAAGCGCACAUAGUUUCUCGGAGAAGAAGGGAUAGCUAGCUAGCGGUAGUGUUUGCGGCUACAAAGAUCAGUCAAGCACAACACGAUUAGGCGAGAAACAUGCCUCGAGUUUAUAUCGGGCGAUUGAGUUACCAUGUCCGCGAAAAGGACAUUCAGCGAUUUUUCAGUGGAUAUGGAAAACUCAUGGAAAUUGAUUUAAAAAAUGGGUACGGAUUCGUAGAGUUUGAAGACAACCGGGACGCAGAUGAUGCCGUGUAUGAGCUGAACGGGAAGGAGCUCUGCGGGGAGCGCGUGAUCGUCGAACAUGCCCGGGGGCCACGGCGAGAUCGAGAUGGCUACGGUGGGGGUUACUGGGGUGGUGGGCGCAGUAGCGGUUACAGCAGCAGCAGCAGCAGAAGCCGUUCUGGCAGGGAUAAGUAUGGACCCCCUGUUCGUACUGAAUAUCGCUUGAUUGUGGAGAACUUAUCUAGCCGCUGCAGUUGGCAGGACCUUAAGGAUUUUAUGCGCCAGGCAGGAGAAGUGACCUAUGCAGAUGCUCAUAAGGAACACACAAACGAGGGAGUGAUUGAGUUCCGCACCCACUCAGACAUGAAGAGAGCUCUGGAUAAACUGGAUGGUACAGAUAUCAAUGGGCGGAAGAUUCGUCUGGUGGAGGACAGGUCUCGCAAACGAAGGUCCUACUCUGGCAGCCGAUCCAGAUCUCGCAGUCGUCGCCGCUCCCGAAGCAGGAGCCACAGGAGCAGAAGCUCUCAUAGUCGCUCCAGAUCCCGCUCCAGGUCUCGUUCUGGCAGCAACAAGAGACGUAAUUCUCGGUCCAGAUCUGGAGCAAAGUCACGCUCUCGCAGGUCUCGUUCUCGAUCUCAUAAAUCCAAAUCGCGUUCAGGAUCCCGCAAGUCUCGAUCCCGUUCAGCCAAUCGAAAGUCCAAGUCUCGGUCCAAGAGCCGUUCAAAAGUGAAAUCGGAGCGAGACUCUCGCAGCCGAUCCAAGGAGAGGCCUGUGGAGAAAAAGUCUCGCAGUCGUUCAGCUUCACCGGUUGAGAAUGGGAAAGAGGAGCGUGUUGCCAAGUCUGCUUCCCGCUCUCCAUCUCCUCAUGAUGAUUGCCGUUCAAAGUCCAGGGAGAAACGCUCAGCCUCCCGCUCAAAGUCUCGCUCAAGAUCUCGCUCACGGUCUAGAUCAGCUUCUCAGAAUUAGUUUAAUAUGAGAUGGGGUGUUUCUCAUAAUUGGGCUUGAUCCUUAUGCUGUAUAUAAUGAGCAGUGUUGUCAUACUGGCUUGUGCUUCCACACUUGUCUGCUUUUCUCCCACAAAGGCUUGUCAAGGCAGUGACCGAACUACUUUGUAGGAUUCUUAUAGCCUCUAAAUUGCCCAUUUUGACAUCAUAAAUAUCAAAAUUGUGGAUUGCAAGAGGUAAUUAGGUUCAAAUACUUGUGUAAUAAUUUUUUGAACGUUUGUCUAAUUAGCCAUCUACAGCUGAAAAAUGUUAGGAAGUUUUACUAGAACUUAACGGAUAUUUUGGUUUUUCUGUCUCGUUAAAGCUACAUUUGUGGGAGAGAAGUAGUAUUUUUAUUACAGCAAUGGAGCUUUCCCCCCCUUUUAUCUGCAGCCUGAAGAAAUCGUCUAAUUUUGGUACUAUCCUGACAUCUAAGAUGCACGCAAGACCUUGGACUGCAUAAAUUAAAGGGGUUUGUAUUUCAUGUUUAAACGACUUAGUUGGUAACUGGACUAUUGUGAUGGAUUUUAUCUUCUUGUACAUAGACCUUGUAAUUGGCAUCAAAAUCUAAUUAUUCAAACAACUUCUUUUUUUUAUUUUUGGGGGGGAAGACCACAGUCUGGAAUGUUUCUUAGUUUGCUUUACAGAUGUGUUGAGUAGCCCCAGCUUUUUGUUGAUCUUUUUCAUUUGUUCAAAUCAUACCCUAAAAGUGGUCUUCAUUUCGCUUUUUCUUUCGUGUGCGCACACGCAAUGCACGGGUUUGAGAAAUUUCUCGAUCCUGCGCGACAUUAAAUGCAAGUAGCAGCGGUGAUUUGGUACCUAGAGGGUGCAGCCAUUAACACUUUCAAGGGUUUUCUUGUUAGUAACAUCAGCAGACUUGCUGGAUGCAGCCCCUCUUGUGAAACACCCCCUCCCCCCAUGCAGAUAUGUAACACACAAUGUCUGGGUUUUUUUUUUUUUUUUAAUAUGCCUGUUCAAUAAAACUCUUAAUAACUA